AUGUCCUUCAUGAAGUAUUCUUCUGAUGAGGCUGCUAUCAAGCAGAAGAUGAAGAUGACGUUUGAAUAUCGUCGCAAUAUGGUCCUUGACGAAGACAAAUCCUCAGAAGUCCUAACUGAGUUUCUGCGUUUCAAAGACGUCAAAGGCCUGGUCGAACAAGACUUCAUCCUGCAGUUUGGUGAAGAUGUUGCUGCCAAGUUUUUGGAAAAGUGGCCUACUAUAUUCAAGCAAAAGGUCAUACAGCAGAGUAAGUCUCUUCCUACCUCAAGCGACCUUGCAGAACUGAUCUAUUGUGCAGAAGCUGCGUCAGAUGAAGAGGAAAUGGAUGACACCGUUGCCUCUGGAUGGGACAGUGAUCUUUCCUCCAUUAUCCUCCUCCUCCACUUGAUUCCACCUUCAGCCCAAGGCCGUAAAAGACCAGGCAAGGUGUCUGCAUCUCAAGCUGAGAAGCAUCUCGUCGUCUUCAAGAAAAGUGGAACAAGCCUCCAGGAACAUGUUGACGCUAUCAAGAGCAUCACUCAGCCCUAUCUACUUGCCGUCGGGAUGAAGAGAAGCACCAUCCAUGAGUUUUUCAUCGUCCUGGACAAACAGGUCAUACCAUGCAAGUCAACCAGUUCUCUUGGAGCUUUUGAUGAACUUUUCAAGGCACACUACGUAUUUGGUACCAAUUACAAUCACAUGCUUCACAACAUGUUCACCUUUCUACAGACAACUGUGUACAACAUAGAUAUCGGCCAAGUCCAGGAGAGCCCAUGUGUUGCAGAGUGGCUGAAGGCUGGGCUGUUGGCGAGGUGUUUGGAAGCCAUUGCCUACUUCUGCACACUGUGCCAGUGUCGGGAAGUGGACCUCUUUUUCCAGGUGGGAAAGCACAAUGUCAAACACGGUCGUCUUUGGAACAUCGAAGACCUGGGAGACAACCCAUGUGCUAGCCAGUAG